CACAGACGGCGACCAAAUUGCUGUUGCCGGUUUCGAAUAUAUUCCAGCAGUUUCCGCUUCGGUUGAUGCCAGUCGAUCAACAAGAGCGGUAGGACUGGAACAUAAUGAUUGAGGGCUCGGACAUAAGCUUCCCAAAGUACGCGACGUCUCUCGCUAAGAAGGAAAUGAUGGACAAACAAAUUGAUACUUGUUAUGCACAAGGCAUCCUAGAACCAUUCAAGAGCCCAUGGGGUGUCCCGGUAGGAAUAGCCUAUCAGAACGGAAAGCCCCAGUUUUGUGUCAACUACCUGCCAUAAUUGUUGAGAUUUGGACUGUAUCCAGAAUUCCAACAAUAAUGAUC